CGUGGUAAAUUUCUGGACGCGCCAGUGGUCACGCGUCACGGGAGGGUGGAAUUUCUGAUGAGGGUAGGCUAAUCAUUACGGUCAUGUUUCGCCCUGCUUCAGUUUUUAGACUUGGCGCAAAACAUCUCUCUCGUCGAUAUCACCCACUAGCAAAUCAAUCGUUUUCUCCAGCUAGCUCUUCGCUUGUGCCAAUCGUGAUUGAACAAACUGGUAGAGGAGAACGUUCCUAUGAUAUAUUUUCACGUUUACUUCGUGAGAGAGUGAUAAUGCUUUAUGGUCCGAUACGCGACACAGAUUCGACCCUCACUGUCGCGCAACUGCUCUUCUUGGAGGCAGAGGACACUACCAAACCAAUUCAUCUCUAUAUCAACUCUCCUGGAGGUAGUGUUACUGCGGGCCUCGCAAUAUAUGAUACAAUGCAGUAUGUCUCGGCUCCCAUACACACAUACUGUAUCGGUCAAGCUGCGAGCAUGGGUUCACUUUUGCUAUCUGCAGGAGAGAAAGGGAAGCGACAUUGUCUUCCUAAUGCCAGCAUUAUGAUACAUCAGCCUUCUGGUGGAGCAUCCGGCCAAGCAAGCGACAUUGCCAUACACGCCAAAGAAAUAUUGCGGAUCAGGGAGUUGCUUACAGGCAUAUAUCAAAAACACUGCGGAAAACCAGAGGAAAGUCUUGCGGAUGGUUUAAAGCGUUUUGAAACGGCUUUGGAACGUGAUUACUUCAUGACAGCCCAGGAAGCUCUAAACUUUGGCAUUGUUGAUGCUAUAUUAGAAAAAAGUCCGAAGUCUGAUAACCCAGCCUCGUAACGCCGUCGAAUACAACCUACAAGAUGAUUACGUGCUUGAUGCUUCUGCUAUUCGGUCCGAAUUCCUAGAAUAUAUAGGUAUAUUCAUCGCCAUCCAACACAAUACUGUCGAGUUUUACACACUCACUCAAUCGUUAUUCGUCCGGACGCUCGUGUUGAUAUUGUGUGCUCCGAUGUUUGAAAACUGUGCCGCUUACCAGGGUGAGGUUUCAGCAAUCCCGAGAUAUCUAUAUCCUCUCUGCGAGUCUCUGGAGGUCUCUGGGGACAAAUACAGGCACGAUUCACAAAGUUUGAGAAUGUCAUUCGGCACCGAAGAUGUUCAGCUUUAUGAAAAAGUGAAAGUGUUCCCUGCAGGUUCAAAUUAGCGCC